AUGUCUUCCAUCAUCGAAGUUGCUCAACUGCCCGACCUGAGAUGGAUGAAGGCCAAGAAGGGCGAGGAAGUACCGUGGGACCCGACUUCGGACCGACCAUUCCACCCAUCGAUGAACUUCUCGGAGGGCGUCGUGAGCCACACCACAGACUGGCCGCGAGCACAACUCAACGGUAGAGGCAGAAUCAGGUGGACCGGAGUGCUUCCCAUGCCCAGGCACGUCGCCCGCGGCACAGUCUUGGAGAAAUACGCCGUCUGGAGAUACUUCUGCGAGAACCCGAACGAGGUCCCGCCGCCGCGCGAGGGCGGAGGUCGCGCCAGUAAACCGGGCGCACCCGGCAAGCGGAAAGGUCCGCUGACGUUGGUCAAGAGGGCGUUGGCGGCGCUGAACCGAGAACUGGGCACUUGCUGCGUGUGUAGCCAUUCAAGAAUGACUUGCUACCACCACGACCUCAAGGACUUGGAGCGAGAGUACCGCGUCAUGAAUAGCAACGGCCAAAUGCCCGAGAUAGCAAAGAGACACGCGGAGAACUUCCGGGACGUGUCGGAGAACAACGCCCGCUCCGCUGCCAAGCACAGCUCUACCGCUCCUCCUGACUCUCCAGUUUUUAUUCCCGGUUCCGCUCAUGUCCCGGACCCGGCCUCUUAUCAACCAUAUGUACCGGUUUCUCCUCCGGUCUUGCCUUGGGAACUCGCUCAGACCCUGGCUCCCGGUCCCGGUCCUGAUCCGGCCACCGCCUCUUAUCAGCCAUAUUUACCGGUUUCUCCUCCGGUCUUGCCUUGGGAACUUGCUCAGGUCCUAGCUCCCAGUCCCGCUCCUGACCCGGCCCCCGUCCCUUACCAGCCAUUUGUACCGGUCUCUAGUUCGGUCCUUCGUUCGGACUUCGCUCUGGACUCUGUUCCUCGCGCCUCUUAUAAUUACUCCGGUUCCACCUCCCACCAGGCGUACACGCAGCCCGACCGCUCGACCCUCGCCAAUCCGGGUCUGAUUUCGGCUUCUUUUCCUUCCACCGCUACCCGUAUGGCGGCCUUUCAAUGGAUGGCCCCUCGGACCUCCCCCUCAGCCUUUGGUCCAGCCACUCUUCCGAGCCAUCAGCACACGUACCCUGAGACCCUUGUCGAGGCACAGCCUUUGAAUCUUCGGGCUCAAUGCUACUAUUCGAAUACCGUCAGGAACCCCAUUCGUCCCUACUCGGGCUCCGGCCUCGAUGCCGGCUCUCCGUAUCUUUUCACUCCGGUCUCUGCGGGCAAUUACUCUACGAACACCUAUACCGAGUCGCACCCGGAUUCUAAUUUGGUCCACUCCCUGGGUUCAAAUUCCAGCCUUGUUCCGAAUAACGCUUCGGGCACCUUUGAUCCCACCGCUCAGGCCUUCAACGGCAGGCCUCAUCUCGUAUCUGCUGGGGCUUUCAACGGCGGCUCUCGUCUUGCCCCUGCUGAUGCCUUCGACGUCGGCUCUAAUCUCGUCUCCACUGAGCCCCCUACUUCGGGUCUCGUGCCCGACUACCCCCAGAUCAUGCCUGAUCCGGACCUCCAACCAGCCGCCUCCAACACGUACGACCCGGCAAGCAGCUUUGAGCAACCGACGAGCGGCAGUUAUAUAAUGACGAACAAUGUUGCUGAUGUGACCAACACUGCAACGUUGUGUGUCGAUUAUCGCCAAAUCAUCCCCGGUCUGGAUAUCGAUCCCGUUGUUGCCAAUAUGACCGACCCAACAAGGAGGUUGGGAGCGGUAACCAGCAACGUUUACACGACGACCGGUAUUGCUGAUCCAACAAACCUUGAGGCGUCGUCGGUUGAGGACGACCAAAUCAUGCUCCAUCCGGAUUCAAACCCGGCCGUUUCCGCCAUGAACGACCUAGCAAACGGUCUGGGGGAAUCGACGAGCGGCGAUUAUAGAACGAUGGACUAUAUUGCUGAUCCAACCAACAUUGAAACGGCAUCGGUCGAUGACGACCAGAUCAUGGCCGAUGUGGACUCAGACUCUGACGUUUCCGAUACAAGCAACCUAGACAACAGUCCGGAGGAACCAACGAGCGGCAAUUAUCCAACGACGACCGAUAUUGCUGAUCCAACCAGCACUGAAACGUCGUCAAUCGAGGACGACCAGAUCAUGGCCGAUGUGGACUUUGAACCCGCCGUCUCCGACAUGAGCGACCCAGAAAGCAGCUUGGAGGAGUCGACGAGCGACGUUUAUACGACGACGCCGACGGCCAGUCUGGAUGAUUCAACCAACACUGACAUGUCGUCGGUCGAGGAAAACCAGACUGACAUGGACAUAGAUGUCUGGGACUGCAAGUGGCUAGACGAUCCCGCUUUCAACUUUGAUGAUUACUACGAACCUCUUGAGGAGGAGGUGGUGGAGGAGUAG